AGGGUUCAGGAAAGAUGCUGGAAACCAAUCAACAUUUUAGAUGAUUUUUUUUGUCACAAUCUUCAGGAUCAGUCCAAAAAGAGAGGGAGUGUUUUGUUUCUGAUAGAGCUCACAUGAGGCUUUGCAUCUGUUGCUUACUUUGGACCAAAUCUCUCACACUGUGCAUGAGUUCUACCUAAUAUCUCAGUCAUUUUACUUUGGGGAUAGUGAAGACACAGGACAACCAGCAGAUUGCCCAAGCUUCACAAGAAGAUGAGGCUGUUUCUCUUAUUCUCCGUCCUCUGCCUGAUGACUCCUACUGGCUACGGUCAGAUCCAUAGUCCUCCUGGUCCUAAGGGUGACAUGGGAGAUGUCGGAUUCCCUGGGAUUCCUGGGUCAGCUGGAAUGGCUGGUUUCCCUGGAAUUCCAGGUCAAAAAGGUAUGCCAGGAGAUGUUGGAUAUCCUGGACCACCUGGACGACGUGGAGAAAUGGGAAACCACGGAGAAUGUGAAAGAUGUGAAGAUGCCUUAAGCCGGGAUCUCCAAACCUUGAUGGAGAGGAUGGCCAAAGUCGACCAGGCUCUGAACUUUGACUUUGCCCGGAGAGUUGGUCAGAAAUACUUCGUGUCCAAGAAAGAGAGAGGCUCUUUCUCCAAGGCUGUAGAGUUCUGCUCCCAACAAGGCUUAGAGCUGGCUCUGCCCAAAAACGAGGAAGAGAGCAGCAUGCUGACUCAAGUGUUUGACGAUGGCAACAAAUUGAUCUGGCUUAACGUCAACGAUAAAAAAUCAGAGGGGAACUUUGAGGUUGAUAUGAAAAACCGACCUCUGACCUUCACCGAGUGGGGAGAAGGACAGCCAGACAAAUCCAUGGAGGAUACAGGCUGCACCAUGAUGACAGAAAACGGCCUCUGGAGAGUGACACGUGAAUGUUCCCUGAAUGCUUACAUAGUUUGUCAGUUCUAGAAAGGUCUUGUAUCCCAUUCAGUUAUUGUUGUGAUGUAACUGUUCCUAAACAUUUUCAUAUAUUAAAAGAUCUUUUUCCCACUUUCUGUUUUAUACUAUAUUAACAACAAUAAAAGAGCAAAGUUAUAAAAAUA